AUGUCUGGACUCAUGCACAAGGUCAAGGACGCCGUUACUGGCCAUCACCACGAUUCCACCCACACCUCCAAUACCACUGGUACUCACGACGGCACUCACCACACCACUGCUGAUACCACGACCACCAACCAUGGUCCUCACCACUCCAAGCUCGCCAAUAAGCUCGAUCCCCGCGUCGACAGCGACCAUGACCACCACCCUGGUUCUCACGCCACGAUAACCCGGGGCCCAGAUGGUGAAAAGGUCGCUCACACCAGUACCCACGGUCCUCGCCCCAUCGAGCCUGGCCAUGGCCACUCUGCUGCUACUGGCACUACUGGCACUACCAGCACCACCCGCGGCCCGCACAGCUCCAACGUUGCGAACAAGCUUGAUCCUCGCGUCGACUCUGAUGCGGACAACCGCGCCCGGCAUGAAGCUAUUGGUGGAGCCCACGGCCCUCACAGCUCUAACCUCGCCAACAAGGCUGAUCCCCGCGUUGACAGCGAUAGAGAUAACCGUGCCCACACUGGUGCUGGAGCCACUACCGGCGCUUAUGCCAGCGGUGCCCACAACACCUACGGCACAACUUCUACCAACGCCGGACCUCACAACUCGAACAUGAUGAACAAGGUCGACCCCCGUAUCGACUCUGACAGGGACAACCGUGGUGCUUACGGAACUACCGCUACCCACGGCACCGGCGCCGGAAACACCUUUGGCACCCACACCAGCUCGAACGUCGGCCCCCAUAACUCGAACAUGAUGAACAAGGUCGACCCCCGCGUCGAUUCCGACAUGGAUAACCGUGCCCGCUAUCAGGCCAUGGGAGGUGCUCACGGUCCUCAUUCUUCCAACCUUGCCAACAAGAUCGAUCCCCGCGUUGACUCUGACAUGGAUAACCGCGGCACUACCCACGGAACUACUGGUUCCUACGGUACUGGCCACGCCCACGGUUCUGGCGCUGGUAUGAACACUGGCAUGGGUACUCACACCAGCACAAACACCGGUCCUCACAACUCCAACCUGAUGAACAAGGUAGACCCCCGCGUCGAUUCUGACAGGGACAACCGCGCCCGCCACGAGGCUCUUGCUUCCAACAGCUACAACGCCCCUGGCACUACCACUCACACCGCGGGACCCCACAACUCCAACCUGAUGAACAAGGUGGAUCCUCGUGUUGAUUCUGACUUGGACAACCGUGGCACCCUGGGCACCCAGCGUGGUUUCUAA